CCGCACUCCCAGCUCCCGCGGCCCCAUGAAGUCUCUAAAGAAGGAAUCCCGCCUCCGACUACCUGCUAGCAGAUUCGUGGAGGCUGCAGAGUCCAUCAAAGAAAGGAAGCGGGCAAAAAUAGCGGAACAGAUCACACCUCCCAUCCAGGAGGAGCCUGAGCCUGUCAGCAAUGUCCUACAAGGAGAGGACAUUCUUGCCUUGGCCAUUAAGAAGGAAGACUUGAGGAAGCAACACCUUCCUCGCCUUACUGACAAGAAAGAAAAACCUGCCAUUACCCAGAAAUUUAUCAUCCGCAAAUUCAAGCCCAAGGAUCCUAGGAAGAAGGUCUGCCACUUGGUAGCACACCCUGCUAAUCCAGAUGCAGCCACAAAGCCCCUGGACUACUCUGGCCCAGGUGACAGCUUCGGUGACAGUGACCAGAUCCUAGCCCACCACAUUUUGGGGAGCCUCCAGGACUUUAAGAGAAUUGCGGUUGCUCGGGGCAACAUCCAGCUGGCUGAGCUGAUUCGCACCCCACCCUCUCUGAUGACCCUCAUCUCUGCUAAAGAGGAGUCCAAGCCAAGAGCCCCAAAGGAAGAGAAGAGACCGCCCUGGGCCCCACCACUGCAGCAUAACUUUCUGAAGAACUGGCAGCGGAACAUGGCCCUGCGGAAGCAGCAGCAGGAAGCCCUCAGCGAACACCUGAAGAAGCCGGUGGGCGAGCUGCUGAUGCACAGCGGGGAGACCUACAGACGGAUCCAGGAGGAGCGAGAGCUCCUCAGCCGAGCCCUUUCCACACAGCCGGACAACAAAGGCUCUCAGGAGAACUGCGGGUUCUGGAGUCAACUGGAAUGCCUGGGAGAUGAGAUGAUGGGGCUGGUCAUGACCAAGACCAAAACCCAGCGUGGCCUCGUGGAGCCGGUCACGCACGUCAGGAAGCCCCACUUCAUCCGGGUGGAGACUGGAUUACCAGCGCAGAAGGAUGCUUGGUACCGCUACACCUGGGACCGGAGUCUGUUUCUGAUCUACCGACGCAAGGAGCUGCAGAGCAUCAUGGCCGAGCUGGAUUUUAGCCAGCAGGAUAUCGAUGGCCUGGAGGUGGUGGGCAGAGGGCGACCCUUCGCGGCUGUUACAGUGCAAGACUGCAUGGUGUCUGAAAAGAGUCCGGAAAGCUCCUCUGAAGACUCAUCAUUCUCAAACCUAUUGGCCAGUUGCCCUGAAGUGAUCCCAAUGCCUGUUCUUGGCCCUUCCCUGCUGUUCUGUGGGAAGCCAGCUUGCUGGAUCAGAGGCAGCAACCCGCAGGACAAGAAGCAGGUCGGAAUUGCUGUCCGCUUGACCUUUGAAACCCUGGAAGGGGAGAUAACACCUUCAGAACUGACCGUGGUCAACAAUGGCACAGUGGCCAUCUGGUACGACUGGCGACGGCAGCCCCAGUCGGACUGUUUUGAAGACCUGAAAAGGACCAGGCUGCAGCGGUUUUACUUUAACAACCGGGAAGGUGUGAUUCUGCCUGGAGAAACUAAAAACUUUACCUUCUUCUUCAAGUCUUUGGAUCCUGGGAUCUUCCGGGAAUCUUGGGAGUUUGGAACCCAUCCUACCUUGCUGGGAGGUGCUGUCCUGCAGGUCAACCUCCACGCGGUCUCUCUGACCCAGGAUAUUUUUAGAGAUGAGAGGAAGUUACUGGAGAGCAAGCUGGCUGCCCACGAGGCGGUCACCAUCGUGCAGAGCGUGCUGCAGGAGCUGCUGAGGGGCAUCCUGACCCCAGAGCGCACCCCGUCCCCUCUGGAUGCCUACCUCACCGAGGAGGACUUGUUCUACCACAGGAAUCCUCAGUUGCAUUACCAGCACCAGGUGGUGCAGAGCCUGCACCAGCUAUGGCGCCAGUGCCUGACCCUGCUGCCUAAGGCCGAGGUGACCAGGCUGGGCGAGGAGCACCUCAGCGUGGGGGCCCAGGCGGCCAGUGCAAAGAGGGCCUCGACCAACACCAAGCACAGCAAGACCCAGGCCGUGGAGCCUCAACGCCCCUGGGAGAAUGAGGCCCUCAAGGCUGGAGCAAGGCCUAAGAGUCCCCAGCGGAAGAGCAUCAUAGAAGAGAUCCUGGUGGAGGAGAGCCCCGACGUGGAGAAUGCCAAGAGCCCCUUGGUGCCGGACAGCCUUCCCCCACCUGAGUGGAACCUCUGCUUGGAGGACUUCAGGAAGACAGUGAUGGCCCUCCCUGAGGAGAACCAGCGAGAGGACGCCCUCAUCAAGCUCAACAAAGCAGCCCUGGAUCUGUGCCAGAAGCAGAAGCCAUUGCAGGGCGACCUUCUGCACCAGACGUGUUUGCAGCUGUGGCGAGACAUGAUUGACAGCCUGGUGAGCCAUUCCCUGUGGCUGAGGGCUCUGCUGGGCCUACCGGAGAAGGAGACCAUCUAUUUGGAUGUGCCAGAAGAGCAAGAUCACAAGUCAAUUCCCAUCGUGGAAGUGAAGGCAACCCCUGGGAAAGUCGGGAAGGAGGAGCGCAGAGCGGCAGGCCAAGAUAAGAAGCAACAGGGAGCCAAAGACAAGGAGGACAAGAAAGGAGCCAAGCUGCCGGGCAGAGAGCAGGACCGUGCCAACAGCAAGAAGCACAAGGUGAAGGAUGACAAGAAAGUGACGAAAUCUUCAAGUCGGGAUAGGCUUUCCAACGAGGAUCCUAUGCCCGACAACACCGCCCCGUCUCAGGAGCCAAUAGACCCCCUGGUCAUGGAGAAAUACAUCCAGAGGCUGCACACGGAGGUAGGCCAGCCCGCCCUUGCCCACGCCGCUGACCCGACAAACACGAAGCGCCUUCUCCAUCAGCACUGGAAGCCACGCUGCCUCGGGCAUCA